CGUUAUGGAGGACGUCCAGAUGAUGGAUGCGUCGGAGCCACCAACUCGUAUGACUACUCGUGGACAGAGGAUUAACUACGCUGAGCUGAAUAGUUCUAGUAGUGUUGGAUUAGCCUCAUCAUCUAAUCAGUUUAGUUCCAAUGAGUUUAGUGAAUCCGGGGACGCUGCAGGGAAUGAGAGCAUUUUCCGUUCUCCAACGGCCAGUACACGUGGUCGAAAGCGGAGGCCAACUUAUGAUGAUGCUUCCUCUAUGGCUUCAUGGAGCAUUCCAAAGCGAGGCCGACCGCGUGGUACAGGCAUCACACGAGGCGUACGUGGUGGUGGAAUGAGGCGGUCGAUUUUGGGUGAACAGCAAGCCCAUUCAUUAUCGGAGAUAGACGAGACUGGGCUGUUUGGAGCCGUGAAGACAGGAAGAAAUUUAGAACAAGCUAUUGACGAAUGGAUUGAAGAAUACGAGCGAAAUCCUGAUGCUGCUCUAGUGAAGUUACAACAAUUCUUCAUUUCUUGUUGUGGCUGUAAAGGAACCAUCAAUGCUCACAUGCUAAGCACUAUGGAAUACAGGUUGGACGGCUCGGAUUUUCUCGUGAUCAAAUCAAACAUAGCGCUUUUCAGUGAAAUUAUACGACGUAUGACCGAAGAUUUUGAUGAAGACUCUGGUGAUUAUCCGCUAAUUCUCACGGGAACACAAUGGAAGAAAUUCCGCAACAAUCUUCACUCCAUGCUCUACGUUUGGAUUGAUAAGUGUAAAUCAUCGCUUAUUUUCGACCAAAGGAUGAUGGACAGUGUCAUACAACUGUUGACGGGCUUAGCGGAUAGCCAAGUACGGGCUUUUAGACACACGGCCACAUUCGCAGCAAUGAAGAUAUCAUCGGCACUGGUGGAUGUUACCUUGGAAUUAGUCGCCGUUAAGGACCGUAAUGCUAAACAAUUGGAGGCCGAGAAAGCACGAUUAAAGCAAAGUUCCGGCACGAAUGAGAAACUGGACGUGCUCAUACAGAAAAAGAAUGAGAUAGAAGAGCGUACUGAUGACGUACGUCAAAUGCUGCAAUACAUUUUUAAGAGUGUAUUUGUUCAUAGGUACAGGGAUGUCCUGCCGGACACGCGGUCCAUCUGCAUCACUGAGCUCGGCAACUGGAUGCUCGUUUAUCCGGAUCACUUUUUGGAGGACUCAUAUCUCAAAUAUAUUGGAUGGAGUCUCUAUGAUAAGGUGCCGGACGUACGAUUGAAGUGCAUUUCUGCUCUGUUGCCUCUUUAUGAUAAGCCUGACGUCUUGAUGAAAUUGGAAUUAUUCACUAAUAAGUUCAAGGACAGACUUGUAUCAAUGGUACUGGACAAAGACAACGAAGUUGGAAUGAAAACAUGCCAACUUAUGACGAGCAUCUAUCGUGUGUUUCCUACACUGCUCCAGCUAAAAGACUGUGUUCCAAUUUAUGAGCUCGUAUAUUGCAAUCAUCGUGGACUCGCUGUUGCAGCUGGCGAAUUUCUUAACACCAAGGUAUCUGCGUACAUGCAGCUUUAUCAUUUCUCCCUUAGCUGCCGCGUUACCCAUUUCUAUAGCCCGCUAACAGUUCUUGUUGAGGUAUUUCAACAUUCACAACGUGCAAAAGCUUCUAACGCAACGACCUCAGGCCGAGGAGGGAUGGGUGAUAAUGCUAAGCUCAUCCAAGAUUUAAUUCAAUUUUACAUAGAAGGAGAGUGCCACGAGCAUGCUACUUACCUGGUUGAUGCCUUGAUUGACACGAAUCCAAUGAUAAAAGACUGGCAAACAAUGGUUGACCUUCUUCUGAGUGACGAAGUGGAGUCAAGCGAAUCGCAACUGAUUGAAGUUUUGGUGUGUUCGGUACGCCAGGCUGCCACAGGUGAACCACCUGUUGGCCGGUCUGUAGUUAAAAGAGGAGCCCCUUCUACUAAGGAAAGUCGCACUCUUGUGGAAGAUCGUACUCGACUCUCAGAGGUCCUAAUCCCCGCACUUCCAAAGCUGUUACAAAAGUUCAUCGCGGAUCGUGACAAGGUUGCCAACUUGAUUACAUUACCACUCAAUUUCCAACUGGAUAUUUAUAUGGCCGGUCGAUUAGAAAAUCAUUUAAAUGAACUCAUGCGGGUGAUAGAUAUGGUGGUUGAGAAGCAUGCUGAUGAGGAGAUGAUGAAUACCGUGGCUGAGAUGAUUACUUACUUCUCUACGAAUACUUCUGUUGCACAGCACACAGAAACAUACCGGUUGAAACUCAUUGAUGGACUAGCUUUGCAACUUCGCCACACUGUACAACGCUGCAUGAAUGAAGACCAAUGGGACGAAGAAGAUGAAGCGGCAAUGCUAGCUGCGUUCCGUAAAAUAACAGCUUUCGCAAGUCAUAUUGACUUGAAGAAGUGGGACCUAUGGGAUGUGGUGUUACAUGUGCUUAACAACCAUGAUGACAAGGCACCGCGUGAUGUCAUUGACAAAUCUAUUUGGUUCCUAUACAUGCAGUUGAGCUGGGAUUUACUUCGGCUUAUCCGCGAUCAGGAACCAAACAAGACGGAAGCGGUAAAGAAACUGAAGAAGCGUCGUGAUCAGUUCCUGCACGAUGUGAAUAUAAUACUUAGUGAAGGUGCCUCGGGAGUUGAACUGGCGUUCCAAUGUCUUAAUGAUUCUCUCAUCAUGUUCAAUGAGGAGCUGAAAUCUCACGGUGCUCAUCUCGAACCGCUAAUUGUGCGACUUGACAACGAUUUCAUACAAAAGAUGCAAUCUUUUGUUAAUGACAAUGUUUUUACUCCUCCAUCAGAAGACACUCAACUCGAUCAACAACAGCAAGUGGAACUCAUGCAUAUGAAGCGAUGUUUAUUAGCCCAAUACUGCAAAAUGGUUCUCCACGGCGUCUUCCCCAUCAGGGAUGCUUCCUUUGUUCUGAGAUACUACUGUGAGUUCUACACCGACUUUGGCGACAUCUUAAAACAAUUAUUAUACAAGUGCCGUGACCUUAAUUUUGUCGCUUGUGCCAAAGCUGUCACCAGAUCCCUUAUAGAUGUUUACGAAAGCAUCAGAAUGAACACUGGGAUCGAAUUUGUCGAUCCGCUGUCGGAUGACUUCCAUCAGUUGCGUGAUUUGGCUAAGCGUUUCGCGGUAGCAUUUGGAAACGAUCAUAUCAAGAAUCGCGAGGCCGUCGCCGUCGUGCACAGAGAUGGGAUCCAGUUUGCUCUGACGGGCUUUGAUCCGAAUCAAACUCGUCGAGGUACCGCCAACAAACCCAUGAAUAUCACAUUCCUCGAGGUAAUCAUGGAGUUCAGCCCGAAACUUAUACGACAAGAUAAAGCGGCUGUGUAA